UGGCCCUUGUAUAGGGAACGGAGACCGAAGUCGCUGCCGGCAUGCGGGGUCCGGGGGUGGGUUCGGGGCUCUCGGGCGAGCGAGGGUUGUUAGAGCAGGAGGCCGGCGCGGACACGGAGGCGGCGAAUCUCCUGCCAUUCCUAGAGCCCGGCGUGCGGGUAGAGCUGCAGGCGGUCGCGGCGCAGCACGUGUUGGCGCUCACUGGUUCCGACUCGGGCCGCGCGCUGUUGGCAGGACAGGCAGCGCUGCUGCGGGCUCUUGCCGAGCUUGCGGUGACUCCGGCCCCAGCUCCUUCCCGCGACGCUUCCCGUGCGCUCGUAAACUUGGCUGCUGACCCCGGCCUGCACAGGCAGCUGCUAGCGGCGGACCCGGAGCUGCCUGACCGCCUGCUGAGCUGCGUGUUGGACCCUCAAUGGCCCUGGGCUGAAGAGGCGGCAGCGGUACUGGCCAAUCUGAGCCGCGAGCUGGCGCCGUGUGCUGCGUUGAUGGAGAAACUGAUGGUCGCUGAGGCGGAGCGCCUGGGUCUGGAGCGGCUGGUUAACGCGCUGUGCACGCCCAGCUACAAUGCGGCCGCACCCCUUCAUUACUUGGGGCCGCUGCUCUCCAACCUUAGCCAGCAGGCGGAGGUGCGUGCUUUUCUGCUGGACCAGGACAGGUGCGUGGUCCAGCGGCUGCUGCCUCUUACCCAGUACCCAGACUCCUCGGUGCGGAGGGGAGGAGUGGUGGGAACACUUCGGAAUUGCUGCUUCGAGCAUGGACACCACAAAUGGUUGCUCGGGCCCCAAGUUGACAUUCUCCCCUUUUUGCUGUUGCCCUUGGCUGGGCCUGAGGAGUUCUCCGAGGAAGAAAUGGACAGGCUGCCUGUUGACCUACAGUACUUGCCACCAGACAAACAACGAGAGCCAGAUGCUGACAUCCGGAAGAUGCUCAUUGAAGCCAUCAUGUUGCUGACAGCCACUGCGCCUGGUCGGCAGCAGAUACGGGACCAGGGUGCUUACUUGGUCCUUCGAGAGCUACACAACUGGGAGCCAGAACCCGAUGUGCGAAUGGCUUGUGAGAAGCUCAUCCAGGUGCUUAUUAGUGACGAGCCAGAGGUUGGCAUGGACAACCUGCUGGAGGUGCAGGUGCCUGAAGACGUGGAGCGACAGCUGCAACAGCUAGACCGGCAAGAACAGUUAGAUCUUGCUCAAGAGCUAAGAGACAAGGGUGCCCCACAGACCUGAAGCUCCUUUGGCUGAAGUGCCAGCUCCAUAUCUACCUUUGCCAGGGUUCCUUCAGGGUUCUAGGGUAACCCAGUAAAUGUUGAGAAGCUCAAGGACACUGCCCAUUCCUGUGCCCUGCUGCACCCGGCAAGAGUGCAGGCUGUUCAGUGCUGCUUACAUAUGAGGCAGGUAGCUGAUGGCCACUGGAGCUGUGAGGAGCCUGUUCCCAGACUGUGGUAAGGCUGGACCAAAAACAUUGUAAGCCCUGGACAGCCAACUAGAUCUUCUCACUCCUGAAGACACUGAAGGAUCUGGACAUGGGUUGGCUUAGUGGUGCCAACCGUGCUAUGAGCCCCAACCUUUGGAGUCUUUUUGCUUAUUUUGCCCAAGACCCCCUUGAAAGACAAACCACACUUGAAUCCUAGGAUCUUCAUAGGAUGCUCUGCCCUUCCAGGCCUGUCUUUGGAUCACUGCUGGGUACUGUUUCUCCUUCACUAUCUCUCUUUCUCUGUUCCACCCGUGAUACCGGCCCCUGCCUUUAGUCUUUGGUUAGCCUCCUUAGUCCCGGUUGAAUUAGACUUAGCCAUUUAGAUAGAAUCUGCUCCUCAGUUAGCUUCCUUGAGCAACAGUUGCCUUUCAAGACCCUCCUACUGGUCACGCCUUGCCUACCUCUGCAGAGAUUCUCCUGGGUGUUAUUGAAGCAUUUAUUCUUAUAUACUCCUACCCCCAAUUCAUGGAGCCUACUCCCUCUAUACAGCCCUUCUUCCUCAUUCUGUAGAUAACCACGGCAAAUCCUGCCCCACUGUGUCCCCCCUUUUGAGGCACAGAUCUUGAUCCAUCUGUGUGAAGCUUUUGUAUGCUGUUCCCGCUCAGCAGUGGGAACAUAGUCUUCAUGGGAAUUUGCAGUGUUCCACUCCAUAUCUCUGAAGCUGGAAACAUGCUUUAUGUGUUUUUAUGCCA